UGUCAGGAAAAACAACAAAUGGAUACAUUUUCAGCAGCAGUGACAGUUUUGUACAAUAUCUACUUAUUCUUUUAUUUUAAUCCAGUGAGUGCACAGUGCGAUCCAUUUGCAUCAGAUUAAUGAUUGUGUAUUAGUUUAUAUCACGUUGCAUGACUUACUGACCUACUCAGUCUCUUGCAAAACAUAGACACAUCAUUUUCAUAUCACUUUAAUUGAAGCACCGUUGACCACUGAUGUUGAUGUUGAUAUUUUAUUUUAUAGCUCUCAGAUCCCCCAGAGAGCCUUCUUGGAAAAGCAGACACUUAAUUUUGUGGGGCAGACUUGGCAGUAAAACCAAUCUGGCAUGGCUAAAUGGACACCACAGUGCACAGGGGGAUGCACAGUUUACUGCAUAAAAUAGAUGUACUAAUAAAUACAGACAAACAGAAGAUACACUUAUGAGAAUUAUCUCAGGAUGCACAAGUGACACCUUCAUGCAGAAUCCUGAAUAUCUUGCUGAAAAGCCUACUGUGGGUUAGUCAUGAUAAGUAUCCCUGAGAGAGGAGUGGAAACAAUAAAAGGCACCCCCUGCAGUAGUAGAGAUCUAAUAUUGGCACCCGAAGCAGCUGGCGGGCUGUCUCCUGUAAUUUUAGCGCACACUGAUGCAGAGGAAAGAUUUAAUGGGCAUUGGUCGGCGUACCCUCUUCUGAGGGCGUGAAGGAGGCAGAGCAGAGUGGGAGGGGAGCAGGGGGAGAGGACAGUGAGGAGAGAGGGAUAGAGAAAGGCAGUGUGUGAGGGCUUCUGUGGCUCAGAAAUAAAGUCAGGCAACUAUCUGGAGGAACAUGACUCUUCUAACACUUGGACUGUAUUUGCCACUGUGGUUUUGUUAUGGCCUGGCUCAAUCCUCUUUUCUGGACAGCUUUAUUUCAUUCCCAGCAGCUCUCAGAUCCCAGGAGCAGCAGAGGAGAUUCAGCCCAUGCUGUUUACUGAGUCCGCCUCCACCCCCACUGAUUCCUCCACCCCCUUCACUUUGGCGCUGCCACGCUCAUAAUGAAGACACUUCGCAUUGUGGUGGGGAGUCAGAGCAGGGCAAUGGGGAUAAUGGAUCCACCUGUGUCCGAGGCCCUCGUGGGCCUCCUGGUCCCCCUGGCGUUGAGGGUCCUCCUGGAUUACCUGGGAUAGGAGGGCCCAAGGGAGAAAAGGGAGAAAUCGGAAGACCUGGGCAAAAGGGCCGGACAGGUCCUCCUGGACUUCCUGGGAAGCAGGGACCAGCUGGAUGGCCAGGACCAAGCGGGCCCAAAGGUGAGAAAGGUGACCCGGGGCUGAUGGGUUUGCCUGGAGCCAGAGGACCAAUUGGGCCAAGGGGUUUACCUGGGUAUAAAGGGGAAAAGGGUUCUCGAGGUGAUCGUGGUGAGAGUGGAGUGAAAGGCGACAAGGGUGCAAUGGGUUUCCCAGGAAUGCUUGGACAGAAAGGUGAAAUGGGUCCUAAAGGAGAACCUGGAAUCUCAGGAAACAGAGGACCCACUGGGCGACCAGGGAAGAGAGGCAAGCAGGGAAUGAAAGGAGACCCAGGCAGUGUUGGUCCCAUGGGACCUGCUGGCCCACAGGGACCUGCAGGCCAUCCUGGCCCUCCUGGUUCACCUGCCACAGGACUAUACAUGGUUGGAACUAAGGGUGCACGUGGCCCACCGGGGCCUCCUGGAAAGUGUACCUGCAGCUCUCUCGGUAGUUCUCCAUAUGAUGAUUAUCCUUCCAGAGGAAACUAUCCCAGAGUACCAGCGAUAUUCGUUGUGAGCAAUGAGGAAGAACUGGAACGCCUUCAUACAGAUAAUGCUCUUGCAUUCCGCAAAGACCAGAGAUCUCUCUAUUUCAGAGACAUUGAUGGCUGGCUGCCAAUACAGACCUUUCCAUUCCAGUUGACGCCGUUCCAGUCCAUGGAAAACGCACCCGAUGAUGAAGGUUACUGUGGUGACGGGAUAGUGCAGAUUUCCAGCAGGGAGGAGUGUGAUGACGGAAACAGAGUUGUCACUGACGGCUGCGUCAAGUGUAAACACGCCUACUGUGGAGACGGAUACCGUUAUGAGGGUGCUGAGGAGUGUGAUGGAAAGGACUUUGGAUACCAGACAUGUAAUUCAUAUCUUCCAGGGUCAUAUGGUCACCUGAAGUGCACACCAUACUGUGUUAUUGACUCCACAAACUGCAAGUACUUCACCUGAGGAAGAAAGCUGGACAAUGCAGCGGGAUCCUCUGUGUGUUAUUUGCUUGACACAUAACAGGAAUAUUUUCAUGCAAAAAAAAAAUGCUCCAAGCAAGAGACUCUGAAGGUAGAGGCAGAAAUUGAUUCUAUGAUGAAAGAAAAAAAACAAAACACAUAUAUAUAACUCCUCUGUAUUGCUGCUGAGAUGCCACGUAGCACCCCGGAGUUAUACUCAGUCAGUGGAGGUGAAAACCUUCACCCACAUAUAGGAAAUGCACAACUGCACUCCGUCUUAACAAGCAGGAUUUAAGACCGGCCUCCUCACCAUACCUGAUUGGACCGGAAUCAGCCUUUGGAUGCAACAGAUGUGUGACAGCCAUGCAGACACUUAAUUAAGUGCCAGUGGGAGAUGUUUCAGAGGAGCAGUAGCCGGGCCAGAAGCGUUUUAAUCUUGACCCAGUUACUGUUGAGAAAGAGAGGCAGUAGGACAUCCAGAGCCAUGGCCUCAGGUAUUCUACUGCAGUGGGAAUGACAGUGCACAGCAUUUGCAUGAGACUGGGAUUACUGAGACCAUGACAGCAGCUGUCACUAUCCAAGCAUGUAACUCAUCACUUCACUUAUUAUUGCCACAACAAGGUUUGUACUGUGUAGUCUCAGUAUCACAUCAAGAAUUUCAGUUGUAAAAGUAAAAAACAAGGCAUAUGGUAAGAUCAGUAUGUAUGAUUAGGGAUAGAGAUAGAGGUGGAUAUGGUGCACUUGUAAUAUUUCAGUGAGACUGUUAUACCAGGAGGCCACUACUUCAGAGGCCGACUUGGCUUGUGGUGGUACUGUACUUGAUAGGGACAUUCAGUCUAAACAAAGUUUCAUAAAUCCAAAUAUUUCUCAGGAACCAACAGGUAAUGUAGCUCCACACAGCACCUUUCACAGGCAACCUCCACUACUCUCUUUGUAAAUUAAAUGGCAGUGACUGUACGCUGAAGCACACAGGUAACUCAAACAAGAGCUUUAAAGUAUCCACAACGUGCAGUCCUCUGGGUAUGAUCGAGUUUCUUCCCUGUGCUUCAGUGAGAAAUGAAAUAUACUGUAUGUGAAGGCUUGAAACUGUUAUGUUCUUAAUUUUCUCACUGCACAGGAAAGGCUGGAAUAGUCUGUAGCUGCUAAAAGGGGGAGGAAUUUAAAUUCCAGUCUGUUCUAUGGUAAUUACUGUAUUUACUCUAAUACCUCUUUAUCCAGUCUUUCUGUCUUACAGUAUAUACAGCAACAGUGAAACUCAACCGUAAACUUAACAGUGUAGAUGUAGUCCACUUAGUGUUAGCCACCACGGGUGAAAAUGAAUUUGUGCGAUAUAAGCUGACAUUUUCCAUAAGCUACUGUAUGAGUCGCAGUGCCAAGGAAGACCUUUUCUCAGCCAUACUUAGAUGUAGUCAGGUGUUCAAAUGUGAUUCUUCUGUAAAAGCAAUUGAAAGAUGAAGACUGUUACUAUAUUGUCUCCGCAUGCUUGUGAUACCGCGCUAAUGAGUGUGAAACGCUUUCCCUUUUGUCGAACGUUGUUUUGUAGAUCACUGCAUUCAUCAGCAUAGCAGGUGUCUUAAGAGAUAUCAGUCUUGCUCUGCCCAGAGUGUAGCUAAGUACUGUAUGUAUGACACACCUUAUAUGAUAGUGAUGAACUGUGCCACGCACAAAGCUGAAAUACCUUUUGGAAACUGUGUUGAAUGUUCUGUCUGUGGCCUGUGCUGCUGUGCUGUAUUCUGUACUGUGUAUGCACAACAAUGCUGAAACAUAACAUGCAUGUGGUAACGUACUGUAAGGCUUUAUAAAAUAUAGUAUGCACUGUGACUCGGAUAGUGAAAGUUCAUUUUGUUUCAUUAUUCUGAUAUGAUUUAUACAGUAGUUGUGGGUAAUUUUAAAAAGAAAUGAAAAUAAAACAGGAAUUGAAAUCA